AUGGAAGACAAACCAGCUCCAGUCAUGGACAUCGAUCGGAAGGAUUCCAACUCCAAGUCUGAAGAGCCUGGGCUGGUGGAGCCCAUUAUGUCUCCAGAGGAGGAGCGUUCUACGUUGCGAAAUUGGUAUCAGACUUACGAUAGAACCAGGCUCGACUUUUUCCUCAUGCCGCUGCUCGUUAGUGGCUUCUUUGUUCUUCAACUCGAUCGGAGCAACAUUGGAAAUGCCUUGACAGACACCCUUACGACCGAUCUCGGCAUUACCACAGACGAUGUGAAUCUCGGAAACCAACUUAUGUUGAUCGGAAUCAUAGUUGCAGAGAUACCCUCCAACCUUAUUCUUCAAAAGAUUGGUGCUCCCGUGUGGCUCACGCUCCAAAUGUUCAUCUGGGGCCUGAUAGCCCUCACCCAGGCGUGGUGCACCGGUAUCAACUCGUUCUAUGCUACCCGCUUCCUGCUUGGCGUUUUCGAAGGUGGAUAUAUCCCUGGCGGCCAGUACAUGCUAGCACUUUUCUACACUCGAAAGGAAUUGGCAUUGCGAACUGCAAUCUUCUACUUUGGAAAUUACUCUGCUACCGCAACCGGCAGUCUGAUUGCGGCGGGCAUUCUAAAUAUGGGCGGACUGCGAGGUCUUUCUGGGUGGCAAUGGCUAUUCAUAAGUGAUGAGACGACUAACGAACCAAUGGUUGAGGGUGCUCUAACACUACUCAUCUUCCUCGGCUUUGUCGCUCUGCUCCCCCAUAGCCCCGAACGAACUGCUCCGAUCCACGGUCGUUGGGAUUUCUUCUCCGAGAGGGAGCGACAAUUCAUGAGUAUUCGAGUAGUCGCAGAAGACGACAGUAAGAGCGCCCACAAAGCCAAGAUUUCAUUCGCCAGCCUUGGAGAGGCUCUGCUCGACUACCGCCUAUGGCUCCAUAUGAUCCUCAACGUUGCUAGUCUUGCUCCCAAGGGUGGUCUGCAGCUUUACGGACCGCUUGUCAUCCGUAGCCUUGGAUUCUCAAAGACGGAUGCCAAUCUCCUCAAUGCAGUCAGCAGUGUCCUUGUCAUCAUACUAUCAUGGAUCAUUUCCAUCGCUUCGGACCGAACCAAGCUCCGCGGUCCAUGGUGUAUAGUAGCUCUGCUUUGGUCUGUCAUUUUCGCCGGGGCUUUGUUCGCCAAGACGACCGAUCCAGAUAAAUGGCUGCGAUAUGCCCUCUUCACUCUGCUGAGCGGCGGGAAUGCUCUUACACAGGGCUUGAAUGAUGCUUGGCUCAGUAUCAACGCUACGAGCGCGAGCAAGCGGAGCAUUGGUCUGGCUAUGGUCGUCAUCGGGAGUAACUUGGGUGGACUUGCGGGUCAGCAGCUAUUUCGAUCUUCUGAUGCACCCAAGUAUUCACAGGCCUUCCUUGCCAUUCUCUUGCUUUACGCUGCCUCCAUUCCCAUCACGUUGGUUAUCAUGUGGGUUUAUUGGCGGGAUAACAAGAAGGGGCGAGCCGCUCGGGUGGAUGAGACUGAGAACUCGAUCUCAGAGAGGAAAUUCGAUAUUUAG